CUGACAUUGGAUCUCUUCCUCCGCUGUGACAGACGACCUUUCUUCCGGCGAAAAUUCUGAAUACUUUGAAGAAGUCUCACUCAGUAUGGCUGAAGCGAAUGGAAACGCACCGGAGACCGGUCUAGACAAGCAAUGGACCGAGAACAUCAUCAAUUCCAUGGGCCCAAAGACGGACGGCAGGCUUCGAGAGGUCAUGUCCGCCCUAAUCCGUCAUGUCCACGACUUCGCCCGAGAAGUGGAUCUCACCAUCGAUGAAUGGAUGGCAGGUGUCCAGCUCAUCAACUGGGCCGGACAGAUGAGCAACAACAAGAGAAACGAAGGCCAACUCCUCUGCGACGUAAUCGGCCUCGAAUCCCUCGUCGACGACAUAACCGUGCGAAAAGCAGCCUUAGCCGGAAACUCAGCCACAGCCUCAGCAAUCCUCGGCCCAUUCUACAGAGAAAACGCCCCCCUCCGAGCCUUCGGAAGUACAAUCACUUUCAACACUCCUUCCGAUGGCCAAGUCGCCUACGUCCACGGAACGGUAACAGACGCCAAAACCGGAAAACCCCUCGCGAACGCGAUCGUAGAUAUCUGGCAAGCUUCGACCAACGGGCUGUACGAACAACAAGACGAUAACCAAGUGGACUUCAAUCUACGAGGGAGAUUCGAAACGAAUGAACAGGGGCAAUAUGCGCUGUAUUGUUUGAGACCUACACCGUAUCCAGUCCCCUUCGAUGGCCCAGCGGGAAAACUCCUCCAACUCAUGGACCGCCAUCCCUAUCGACCCGCCCACAUCCAUUACAUCGUCACCCGCGACGGCUACAAACCCAUCACGACUCAGAUUUUCGAUUCGGAAUCCAAGUAUUUGGAAGAUGAUUCUGUGUUUGCGGUGAAGGAUGCGCUGGUGGUGAAAUUUGAACCUAGGAAGGGGGAUCCCGAGGCUGAGUGGGAGUUGAAGUAUGAUGUUGCUUUGGUGGCGAGGGAGUGAGUGUGAUGGGGAUGUGGGGGCUUGGUAGAUUGAAAUUUGAUGAGAUGUGUGUAUCUGUCUUUGAAAUUAUGGUGUGGUGCUUUUUUUGACAGGAUUUCUGUUGUCUAUUUUUUCAGGUUGGGAUGGUAGGAUGAAGUAUGUUCCUGUGCUUGCAUGUGAUGCUAUUCCUGUCAAAACCAACGGACCCAGACAUC